AUGCCAAAAACACAAGUUCAAAAAAUGCCACAAUCUCAAGUUCAACAAAGCCACCGAUACAAGUUCAACAUGUGCCACAACUUAAAGUUUAAUAAACAGCAAAAACUCAAGUUCAUCAAACACUACAAACUCAAGUUCAUCAAACACCACAAACUCAAGUUCAACAUACGUCACAACUUCAAGUUCAAACACCGUAAUCUCAAGUCCAAGAAACACCACAAAUUUGAGUGCAAAAAACACCACAAACUGAAGUUCAACAAAUGCCACAAUAUUAUGUUCAACAAACACCUCAAACUGAAGUUCAACAAAUGCCACAAACUAGAGCUAAACAAAUGCCACAAAUUCAAGUUCAAACAUGCCACAAACUCAAGUUCAACCAUACCACAAACUCAAGUUCAACAAUCGUCACAACUUCAAAUUCAACAAACACCAAAAUCUCAAGACCAAUAA